AUGGCCGACAUUACUGAGACACAAGUUCCUUCCACGGAGUCGUUCGCUGAUCGUGAAGCUGCGCUCAAUCUCCGCGCCCAAGCCCUCGACGCCCGCGAAGCUGCUCUUGACGCAAGAGAAGCAUCACUCGUAGAACGGGAAGCAGCUCUGACUCCACCAGCUGUUCCCGAUGCGCCACCCGCAGUCAUUUUGGAUGACGUGAAGGAGGAGUCCGUUGUGGAGAGUACGCCAGUAGAGGAGAUCAAGGAGGAAGAGACCAAGGAGGAGGAGAAGAGUGACGAAGUAACGCCUGUUGUUGAGGAGGAGAGCAAGAGUGAGGAAAAGACCGAGGGAAAAACCGGAGAGGCAGCUCCAGUUGAGGAGGUGAAGGCUGUUGAGGCAGAGCCUGAAGUCAGUGAAACGACCGAGGAGCCAAAAGAGGUCUCAGAAUCCAUACCAGCUGAGGAGAGCAUAGCCGCACAUGUCGAAGAGCCAUCCUCAACUGCCGACGAAACACCUGCUGCCGCUGAAGAGACGCCCGCUCCCGCCGAUCAAGCCCAAGAAGAGACCUUCGCACCAGCCGAUGAGUUCCCAACUCCAGCACCGAUAACCGAUAUUGAGACCCCGGCUGCGAUUGAGGUAGAGCCUACUUUUGUGCAACCUGAAGAGACAAAGGAGGAGGUGAAGGAAGAGGAUAUCAAGGAGACACCGGUUGAGGAGUCGAAACCUACUGAGGCUGAAGCGAGUGAGACUUUGCCUGUGAUCGAGGAAUUAGCUCCUGUCGAGCAGGCGCCCGUUGAAGUGACCCCUCAAGUCGAAGAGACACCAGCUGCCGUCGAAGAAGCCUCCGCUCCUGCUACCGAAGAAGCACCCGCCCCCUCAUCCUCAGAGCACGUGACAUUCGCACCCACUCCCGAGACCAUCUCAACCCCCGAGCCAGCGACCACUGAAGCAACCGAGCCUACGAUCGUCGAGGAGCCUACUUCUAUUCUGAAGUCGGCGCAAGAAGAGAAGUCGGAUAAGAAGAAGGAGGAAGAGGAGAACACUACUGCUGCUACCGAGAACCCUGUUAAUGAGCAGACGAUUGAUAUCCCUGUUGCGUCGCAUGCGGCGCCGCAGCCGAUUUCGGUUUGA